CUAGAAGAUUGAGUUAUCGUCCUUUCACUGAACCAUUUCCGUUUCACUGUCAACGACUGUGCGAGACUGUUUAUUUUAUUCAAAACUACAUUUAAUUUGUGCUCCUGUGAUUGAUAAAAGACAUGGAUUUCUUGCCGAUUUACUAUCGUCCAAUGUCAGCGCAACAGCAGGCUCCUGCCGUUCGGGAUUUGCUUAGGCAAAUGCUUCGAGAGGAGAUGGCCGGAAUGCCCUUAGCUCACCAGCAAGCUGCUGUAGAACACAGACGUCAACAGGUACCAGAAAAAUGGAGCAAAACCAUUCGUCUGGACCACUAUCAACCUGAUGAAGUGAAAGUCGUUGUUAAGGAUGGAACCGUCCGGAUCCAUGCGAAACACCUCGGUGGGGAUGAGCUUAAUAGUGAUGUUCGAGAAUCCACCCGUACCAUCAGAAUUCCCGAGGGUGUGGACCAAAGUAAGGUCCAUUGUUACAUGAGUAACGAGAACCAUUAUACCGUGGAGGGACCGAUGCUCCCUAAUGAAGACGAUGAGGUGGACAUUACAUUGGAGGAUGUACCCGCCAUUACGGAUGGGAGUGAGGUGGACACGCAGGUUAAAGAACAGGGGCCGUACCAAGAAAAUCUGGAUCUUUCCGUGUUUGAUCCCAGAAAUAUUAACAUUACUCGUAAAAAGAACAUCGUGAGUGUUUCUGCAAACGAAUCUCGUGAUGAAGACGGCAUUAAAGUUCACAGGUCAUUCUGCAGAGAGUUCACUCUUCCCGAGGGUGUCGAUUUCAAGCAGGUCAAGGCUGCCCGUGGAAAAGACGGCAAGGUCGCAAUCAUGGCGCCCAGAUUGGAGAGUUAAAUUUGUGGUACUCCGAAAAGCUUACCAUAACUGUGAUGAGCAAAUUCAAGUUUAAAACUAGUCACAAUUUUUGCGUUAACUUAAACUAAUAUUUUACGUUCGUGCUUAAUCUUUAUUGUUUGGUUUUUGCUUUAAUUAACUUUAAGUCAUUAAAUGGUGUUCAAAGUGAUUAUUUUUCUACUGAUAUAGAAGUUUUGCAGUUAUAUAUUCAUUGUUACUUGCUAUUCAUUCCAUGUUGAGAUAUGCAUAAAAAAUGUUGUUGAAAGAAA